AUCAAUUGAAUGUUGCAAAUUACAUGUUGUUGUUCGUUUGAUAUUUCACUCAGAAGUCACACAAUAUUAAGUCGCUGAAAAAAUUAGUGACUAAAAAAAUUUUUACAACUUGCACCUGAUCGCUGGUGGCUGAUUGCAGGUACUUUCAACACCGAAAUAAACAACAUUUAAUUGCAUGUUGCACGUUGCAGUAGCUGGUCGUAAGUAACGGAAUCUGCGAUAAAAAAAACCGAACAACAUUUUGAUUUUUGGUCGCAGGUCACUGCAACAUGCAAACAAGUCCUAUAUCUAUAUGAAGAGAUUUGUUUCUUGAUCUAGGGUCUAUUUGAUUUUGUGUUAUCAAGCUUGACGGUAGUGAGAGGAAAAAGAAAUGUGGAUUUUGCAGUUGGGAAGAAAACACUGAAUAAAAAAAUUAAACUCCAACUACUAUCUACUUAAAACUGCUCAAACAAUGGAGCACUUGGCAAGUAAUAAAGCACACUAGUUUUCUAAUUGCUCAAAAACCACAUUACAUCAAUAAUUCGCUGUUCCAUUAAUGUUAGAAAGCUAAUGCAUUGGCUCUUCUAUCUUAAUGUUUAUAUCUCAAAAUUUUGGAAUCAAUUUUGUUCUUAUCUUGAAAUUCGGUUGAAGAACCUAUGUUGAUUGUUCAGAUUCUGUAUUGUCUGAUAGAUUAUUAGGUCUAAAUUUUCAUCAAUGGCUUGUUUAUAGAUAAACAUUUGGAGAUUAGAUCAGUAGAGACAAGAACAAUAAUUGCUUAAUUUAUCCACAAAAGUAGUUUUAGUUCUUUCUCUUUACUGAAUGUAUAGUUACAUUCUAAAGUGUAUAUGGCUGGAAUCUAAACAUUAGAUCCUCUGAGAGAGAAAAGAAAUUAACAGAGUUUUGAUAAAUUUGAAAGCUUUGCCGGUGUUUAUCAUCAUCAACAGUGUAUCCAGAGAGUAACAAGUCUUGAGUAGAUAACAUCACAUUCUUGAGCGUGACCUUCACUCUCUCCCCCAACUAUCAUGACGGUUGACACACGCGCCUCAAUCAAUAACGUCACACACCUGUAAAUUACAAGAUGCUAGGACGAAGUCUAGAGAGUAUAGAGAGAGAGAGCGUAUGGUCAAAGUCAGACAUCAAAAUUGUGUGUAUCUACGGUAAAUGCUUUCAACUCUCAAUAAGGGAGAGAGACCUGAUUGAUACACUAGUAUUUUUGUUUUCUUCUGUUUCCCUCUAUCACCUCAGUAAAGCAAAAGAAGAACUAGAGAGAGAGAGAGAGAGAGAGAGAAAGUAAUUAAACCCUUUCUUCACCGUUGUUGAUGGAGAAGAAAAGGUUCAUAUCUUAUUUCUUGGUUGUUUCCCUUUUCUCUUUUGGAUCUACAUAGCUUGAUACUAAAGCUACAUAAAACCUAUUAGGUUAAAUAGAAGCUUGUGUGUUGUUGAUAAGCUUUGAGAGAUUUUUCAGUUGCAUGGUUAACUUAACCCCCAAGUCAUAAUAUCUUUAAAAGCCUCUUUAGAUUCUGCUUUUUGUUCUUAUCCUUUCAUAUAAGAAUCAGAUAUUUUCCCUUCCCCCUUUUGUAGCCAGUUAGCCCCAUAAAGUUCGAAACCUUUAUAAGGUCCCCCAGCGAGUUUUGCAUCCUUUUGGCAGAAGCAAUGGAUCAAAGAGAAGCAAUGGCGUUAUCCGGGUCGGGUUCUUACUAUAUCCAAAGAGGCAUGCCUGGUUCUGCUCCUCCACAAACCCAAGCGUCGUUUUAUGGAUUGCAAGGGUUUCAACAUUUCUCCAAUCCCAACUCUCCUUUCGUGCCAAACCUAAACCAAGGAGGCGGCUCCACUGGACUCGUGUCUCCUCCUUUACCAGUUGAGACUUCUCAGGUUGAUUCUCCAACGCCGGUUGCACUUCCUCCGUCUGGUGAGACGUUUGUGAAGCGGAAGAGAGGAAGACCUAGAAAAUACGGACAAGACGGUUCUGUUUCCUUGGCAUUGUCUCCUUCAGUCUCCUCCUCCUCCUCCAUGUCCCCAAACUCUAACAAACGUGGCCGUGGAAGACCUCCUUGUUCCGGCAAGAAGCAAAGGCUUAGUUCCAUUGGUGGAUCGCUGCCUUCAUCGUCCGGGAUGAGCUUCACCCCGCACGUAAUCGCAGUUUCCGUUGGUGAAGACAUUGCAUCAAAGGUUGUGUCCUUUUCACAGCAAAGUCCAAGAGCCAUUUGUGUUUUAUCCGUUACUGGUGCAGUCUCUACUGCAACUAUUCUUCAGCCAUCGCCAUCACAGGGAGCUAUUAAAUACGAGGGUCGUUUUGAGCUCUUAACUCUGUCAACUUCUUAUCCGAACGCAACUGACAAUGACUACCCAAACCGCACUGUGAAUCUAGCGGUCUCACUCGCUUGCCCGGAUUUUCGUGUCAUUGGUGGUGGAGUUGGAGGGCCUCUAAUAGCAGCAAGCUCAGUUCAGGUUAUCAUUGGGAGCUUCAUUUGGGCUAUUCCUAAAGGGAAGAUUAAAAAACGAAAUGAAGAUGUCCAAGAAACUGACGCUUUGGGCGAUAACACAGCAGCAACGUCGCCUGAUGUUCGUCAGCAAAGCCAUAACCUUGUUCAGACGCCUGCAGGGAUGUGGUCAAUAGGUUCAAGAUCAAUGGACAUGCAUCAUGCCCAUAUGGACAUUGAUCUAAUGCGUGGAUGAUCCAUUUGUGUGUAUAAGCAUUGAAUCUAGGAGAUUAAGAAGAAGAAAGACUUAAGCUAACUUCUCUGAGAACAAAAUGUCUUUAGUGAUUUUCAGAAUUCAUGCUGGGUUCUUGAGCUUUUGGUUAAUUGAGUUUUUUUUUGCGCUUUUUUUGGGUUAAAAUAUACAUAUAUAUAUCAACUACUUACGUUUAUUAUUUCGCUACAAAAAAUAUAAAUCCACGCACAUAGUGAACGCAUGAUACCAAUAACUAGCCAUGGACAUUCGGUUAUCGGUUCGUUUUUUUUUCGAUUCUUUGAUCCUUCAGUUCUAGAAGUUUACAUCUAUCCGGGUAUUUUAAAAUUUUGGUUCGGUUUCGGUUAUUUCGGUUCGGGUAACAAAAUUGGGAACCUGCUAAUAUUUGAGGUAAUUGCGGAUCCUAUUUGGUUCCAAUUUUUCGGUUAAUUCGGAUUAAAAAUCGUAUCAGAAAUUUGGGUGUUCAGACUAAAUAUCACUUCGUUUGAGUUUUUGUUAAAAAAUUGGAUAAUUCAGAUAAUAUUGAAUAUUUUGAAUAAAAAGUAUUGUGAUAAUUCAUUUUUAGGUAUUUCGGCUUAUAAAUAAUACUUUUAACUUAUCCAUUUAUUUUAAAACUGAAUAUAGUUAAAAUUUAUA